CAAGACUGCAAAUAUAUUCAUUUGAUAUCUACUUUAUCUUUCCCUCGUAUCCUUACUCACUAACAAUGGAGCUCCAUUUCUAUUUCCGCGGCGGACUCCUCCUCGCCCUCGCCCUCCUCCUCAUCCCGCGCGGCGGCGAUUCAACUCAGCCGCCGUUCUCGUGCGAUUCAGCCGAUCCAAAAACAAAAUCAUUCAAGUUCUGCCAGAAAUCUCUGCCGAUUGCGCAGCGAGCUCGCGACCUCGUUUCGCGGUUAACAUUGGACGAGAAGAUCUCGCAACUGGUCGACUCGUCCGCCGCCAUACCACGGCUCGGCGUCCCCGCCUACCAGUGGUGGUCGGAGGCGCUGCACGGCGUCUCCGGCUAUGGCCGCGGCGUCACUUACGGCGGCGCAAUCGGCGGCGCCACCAGCUUCCCCCAAGUUAUCCUCUCCGCCUCCACCUUCGAUUCCCGGCUUUGGUACCGCAUUGGCCAGGCAAUUGGGAGAGAGGCAAGAGGCAUGUACAAUGGAGGGCAAGCGCAAGGUAUGACAUUUUGGACACCAAACAUAAACAUAUUUAGAGAUCCACGGUGGGGGAGAGGGCAGGAGACACCUGGCGAAGAUCCAAUGGUCGCCGCAAAAUACGCCGUGGCGCAUGUUAGAGGUAUCCAGGGUGAUAGAUACGAAGGGGGGCAAAAUGGUCAUCUCCUUGCAUCCGCUUGCUGUAAACACUUUACUGCCUACGAUUUGGACAACUGGAAGAGUGUUAGUCGCAUGGGUUUUGAUGCCAAGGUGACGCAGCAAGAUUUGGCAGACACAUAUCAGCCACCUUUCAGAAGCUGUGUGCAAGAAGGCAAGGCCAGUGGAAUAAUGUGUGCUUACAACAGUGUGAAUGGAGUUCCAAACUGUGCUGACCGUAAUCUCCUCACCAAAACUGCCCGCGGGCAGUGGGGUUUCCAUGGGUAUAUCGUGUCUGAUUGCGAUGCGGUUGCUACCAUCUAUGAAAAGCACAAGUAUGUGCGUAAGCCUGAAGACGCUGUGGCACUUGCACUCAAAGCUGGCAUGGAUGUGAAUUGUGGCUCAUACUUGAAGGACUACACCAAAUCAGCAAUUCAACAACAAAAAGUGCGCGAAUCGCAGGUAGACCGAGCCCUCAACAACCUCUUCGAGGUCCGGAUGCGGCUAGGCUUGUUCGACGGCAACCCGAGCCGCAACCUGUUCGGCAACAUCGGCCGGGCCGACGUGUGCAGCCAGGCUCACCAAGACUUGGCCCUCGAGGCUGCAAGAAAUGGCAUCGUUUUGUUAAAGAACGAUGCCAAUCUGCUGCCUCUGUCCAAGUCAAAGACACGGUCACUGGCCGUCGUGGGCCACAACGCGGCCAAUGCCUAUGUGCUGCGAGGGGACUACGACGGCCCUCCCUGCAGGAACGUGGAGGUCCUUACAGCCCUCAAAGGCUAUGUCUCCAACACCCUGUUUGUGCAGGGCUGCAGUAACGCUGACUGCACGACGGCCUCGACUAGGGCUGCUGUGGCUGCAGCCAAGAAGGCGGACUACGUCGUUUUGGUGAUGGGCUUGGACCAGACUCAGGAGAAGGAGGAUCAUGACCGCGUCGAGUUGGGCCUCCCGGGUAUGCAGCAGAGCCUCAUCACGGCUGUUGCUGCCGCUGCCAAGAAGCCCGUCGUCCUGGUGCUGGUCUGCGGUGGGCCCGUGGACGUGGAAUUCGCGAAACACGACCCGAAGAUCGGCAGCAUUCUUUGGGCUGGUUAUCCAGGAGAGGCUGGAGGGAUUGCAUUGUCUCAGAUCAUAUUUGGGGAGCAUAAUCCAGGGGGGAAGUUACCUAUGACUUGGUAUCCGAAGAAUUUCAUUAAUGUGGCAAUGACGGACAUGAGGAUGAGGCCCGACCCGAAAUCGAGCUACCCGGGUCGCACUUACCGGUUCUACAAAGGGCCUAAGGUGUUCGAGUUCGGGUACGGGUUAAGCUACACUACCUAUUCCUAUGACUUGAAGCUCUCCACUCCCAACACCAUCAACUUGAACCGUUUCAUAGCCGCUUCCUACGCCACGGAUGAAAGUUGGAGUUCAAAUUCAAGUUCAAUUAGAGCCUUGUCUGUUUCCAAAAUUGGAUCGGAUAACUGUGAACGGCUUAAGUUCUCGACUUAUGUAGCAGUCGAGAACACUGGGCCCAUGUCUGGGAAGCACCCGGUUCUUCUCUUCGCCAGGCACGAAAGGCUCGGCGAGGGAAGGCCCAUCAAGCAAUUGGUGGGAUUCGAGAGCGUGAGCUUGGAUCCGAAACAAAGAGCCGAAAUCGAGUUUGUAUUGAAUCCAUGUGAGCAUCUCACCACAGCUAAAAUAGAUGGUUCAAUGGUAAUAGAAGAAGGGUAUAGGUAUUUGGUGGUACAAGAUAAAGAGUUCCUUAUUAACAUUGUGCUUUGAACAAUAGCUACAUUAUUAUUUGUGUUAUGAAAUUUUGUUUUCUA